UGGCCGAAACCUUCACACUCACUGGGUUGCAGAUCACUGGAAAGAGUAGCUAGAGUCCCAGCUGGAGGUAUACUUAAGAUCGCUCUUCUGGUCUGUCCACAAGGCCUUGUGUUUGAGCCUCGGAACUUGGAGAAGGCAGAGGCAGACUAACCAACAAUUAACUCUGUCCUUGAAGGAAGGAUACCUUUUGCAUUGCUGUGAAAUAUCAAUAGUUAUCCAGUACCCUGGUCCUUCAGAUGAAGUGGUGGUCACCAUGGCCACCACUCGGUGAGCAUGAUCAAAUACUCUCUCUUGUUCAGAACCUUCACCAGAACCAAACCCAGGGUGGAAGAUGUCUAUGGAUGUGACCUUUCUUGGGACAGGAGCAGCAUAUCCAUCCCCAACCCGGGGUGCCUCAGCUGUGGUUCUUCGGUGUGAGGGCGAGUGCUGGCUCUUUGACUGUGGGGAGGGAACACAGACACAGCUUAUGAAAAGCCAACUUAAAGCAGGGAGAAUCACCAAGAUCUUCAUCACACAUCUUCAUGGAGACCACUUCUUCGGCCUUCCAGGCCUCCUCUGUACGAUCAGUCUACAGAGUGGCUCUGUGGUCACAAGGCAGCCUAUUGAAAUCUAUGGCCCUGUAGGGCUUCGGGACUUUAUCUGUAGAACCAUGGAGCUCUCCCAUACAGAGUUGGUUUUUCCUUAUGUGGUCCAUGAGAUAGUGCCUACAGCUGAUCAGUGUCCUGUGGAAGAACUAAAAGAAUGUUCACAUGUGAAUGACGCAGACAGCUCUCCCAAAGGACAGGGACGAACUAUCUUGUUAGACACGGAAGAAAACUCAUACUGUCUGGUUGAUGAUGAGCAGUUUGUUGUAAAAGCAUUUCGCCUCUUUCACAGAAUUCCAUCCUUUGGCUUUUCAGUUGUGGAAAAGAAGCGUGCAGGUAAACUCAAUGCACAGAAGCUGAAAGACCUCGGUGUGCCCCCAGGUCCUGCCUAUGGGAAGCUGAAAAAUGGAAUUUCUGUUGUUUUGGAUAAUGGAGUUACAAUUUCUCCCCAAGAUGUCCUAAAAAAGCCUAUGGUUGGGAGAAAAAUCUGCAUAUUGGGUGACUGUUCUGGGGUUGUGGGUGAUGGUGGAGUGAAGCUGUGCUUUGAAGCGGACCUGUUGAUCCAUGAGGCGACUCUGGAUGAUUCCCAGAUGGACAAAGCAAAAGAGCAUGGCCACAGCACGCCACAGAUGGCAGCAGCAUUUGCGAAGCUGUGCCGUGCCAAGAGGCUGGUUCUGACUCACUUCAGUCAGAGGUACAAACCGACGGCCUUGGCUAGAGAGGGGGAGACAGAUGGCAUUGCAGAACUGAAAAAGCAAGCUGAGGCAGUGUUAGGCCUCCAAGAAGUGACUCUAGCGGAGGAUUUUAUGGUGAUCGGCAUUCCAAUCAAGAAAUGAAACCAGUGCUCCUGAAUGCAUAAAUGUGGACUUGGCUGUGGAUGUGUUGUUACCAGAUCUGCACUACAAACUACUUUUGUUGUUGGUUGUGAGUGACUUUUUUUUCUUAAAGUUUUGGAAUUUUUUUCCCUUAAAAUCAUUUUGACCCUAACAUCCUAAAGAUAGAGCUGAAUUGCUGAGCUGACUCAGUAGUGAGAGGGACCAAGAUUUUUAACAAUAAAUCAUUUUUAAAUGGUAAAAAUACCCAGCAUCCUUUUUAGAGUGCAGAUGUGACAAAAUAAUCGAUUUUUCAGGGUUAUUCCUUUUGUGUCUCUUGCCACAGAUAGAAGCCAAUACUCCACACAGUAUUGGACUUAGCUCUGCCCAGGCAAAGUAUCUAGGACUGGGUCCUUUCAGCUAAAAAAUGGUAUUUGGCAAUUUGUAUAAAAGUUGUGUCCUAACACAGAGUUCAAUGUAUGGAGGCAGUAUAUGUACAGUAUUGAAGAUAACAUUUUGGGGGUUUCACUUGAAUAGUCAGUGCAGGUUUGGACUAGGUUUUAGCAUUUUAUUAAACAUUCUGGUUCCCUUCAACACAUGGCAGUCUACUAGGAACUACUAGGAAUAGCAUGGGAUUCUUUUUCUUGUUGCAGUGACUGAGGGGAGAUGGUGGCUCCACAGUCAUUCAGUCAGUGGGAGUCAGAGAUGCCCUGUGCCCUGCACAGUUUGGGUUAGUCCUGCAUAAUCAUUACUUUGAAAUUCUAGGCCUGUUCAGAGACACAAAACUUUUUUUCCCAAUGUGAAUAUGCUUUGCCAAAAUUAGUGAUGUAAUGGAUUGAAUUAAUAGAUAAGCUAAAUCUUCCAAUAGAUGGUUAGAAUGAAAUGCCACAUCAAGUAUUAUUUGGAAGAAAUGAGUCAUUAAGUGAAGCUUGUAACUGUGGGUAGAAAUAGUCAGGAUUCCACCACGUGGGGAGAGUGUCUGCUCCAGGUCCAGCGGCCCAGGAGCUGUGCUGAGUUGAGUGUGGAGGUGGACUGAGAGCUCCUGGCUCUGCCCCAUAGACUAAGUGAGGAGUCAGAGUGGCCCCAGCCACUGCAUGCGAAGCUGCCUGAGUGAUUCUGAAGACGUGACUGAUGGACUAGCCUAGGAGAAAAUAGACUUUUUUAUGUACUUAAUUGAGGGGUAUAUAUAGAAAUAUUUUAUAGAUUCUUAUACAUAUGUUUGUGUAUGUGCAUAGUUUAUUCAUGCAUAUUUUUACAUGAAGGCUGACCUCCCUCCACUAUUUUCGUAAAAUAAAGAUAUUUUAUUGGAUAAACAAAAACUAGGAUUUUAUUAUCAAAAACCCUCUGUAAGAAACUCUGAGGCAUUAUUUUUGGCACAAUAAAAACUUUGAAAACCAUAAAGGGGCAAGCAGAUGAGUGAUGUAGAGAAACACUGUAGGGCUUCAAAAGAAAACACUUGCUAACAGACGAGUCCUUAACUACUUUCUCCAUUAGCACUUUCUACAGCACUAAAUGGUCUCUGAAAGAAUGAAGUUAGUGGUUCUAUUUCAUUUCAGAGUUGUAUCUUGGAGCACUGAGGUUGUUUUCUGUUAGUAGAAGUAAAACUGACACGGGGUUCCUAUGUACAAAUAUCUGUAUCUCCAAGUUGUUCCUUCAUUGUAGUUGAUCUCUCUGAAUGUUGACAUCUUAGUCAGGCAUGGUGGCACAAACCUGUUUCCUUUGCAUUUGUGAGGCUAAGGCAGGAGAAUUUGAGAUCCAGGAGAGACUGGACUACAUAGUAAGACUUUAUCUCAAACAAAAGCAAAAACCAAGGACAGAAAGAAAGGCACCUGACUUACAUAUUUCAUGUUCAUUCACAUUCCUAACCACCACCACAGAGCAGUGACCUGUUUUAUUACUCUAUUGAAGAUAUGACUUCAUCAGUUUAAAAAAAACUUCCUCUCCCUCUCCCUCUCCUCCCUCUCCCUCUCCUCCCUCUCCCUCUCCCUCUCCUCCCUCUCCCUCUCCCUCUCCCUCUCCCUCUGCUUUUGAACAAGUCUCACUGUGUAGCCCAACCUGGCCUCAAGCUGGUUCUCCUGCUUGAGAGCUGGGUUCUAAGCAUGUACUUUUAAUCUGACCAUAAUGUUUUGAAUAUUUGUUUCCCAAGAAAGGGUUAUAAUUUUUAGGCUGAGAGUGCAGCUUGGGGGGUAGAACACUUACUUAGAAUGUCUGAAGCACUGGGUUUGAUCUGUAGUAUAAAAAGAAAAAAUGACUUUUGCCUCCUAGUGCAAAUAUUUUUAUUAUGCCUUUAAUACAUAUAAUUCAACUCUUAUUUCUUUGAAUAUUCUGAUGCCAGCUUGAAAAUUUUCUACUUUCUCCUGUACUAAUGAAAUACAAAUCCUUUUUCAAUGUGUCCAUCACAAAUGGACAGUGAUGACACUUUAUCUCACAGAGGUGUAUGUAUGUGGUGAGGUGUCCUGGGUCUGUUCUCACUGGCAGAUUUGAGGGCUAAUGAACUAAUAAAGGCAAUCAAUGGGGCCAUUUCCACACCCCCGCCCUUCUCUUUUCUUUUUUCCUUUGAGAUGGGUCUCAUGUAGUCCAGACUACCCUUCAACUUGCUAUGUAGCCAAGGAUGACCUUGAACUUCUGAUGCUUCUGCCUCUGCCUCCAGAAUGCUGGAAUAACAGUCAUCUGUCACCAGGUUUGCGUGGCACUGGGAAGCCAGGACUUGUGCCUGCUAAGCAAACACUACUAACUGAACUACAUCCCAAAGCCCAAAUAUGUGGAAUUUUUGUUUAUUUUUAUAGGGGAAUAUUAAAAAGGAAGCACUGGUUGUAACUUUGAAUAUUCUCUCUUGAUACACAAGAAGUAAGUGUAAGGAGAUACUUUGGGGUAGUGGUGUGUAACUUUUCUUCUCUUUGGUGUACAAAAAUGAAAAACAACCAUUUAAGCAUAUCAUGUUUUAAAAAGCAAGGAAAGUGUCUGGGAGCAUAGCUUGGGUAGAAAAGUGGUUAGGUCUUGGGUUUGAUCCCCAGUGUCCCCCACUUGAAUCCCCCCUAUGGAAAACAAAGGACUAUGGAUGGUUAAAAGUGAAUUCAGAUUAUAAGAACGCAUGAAAAUGUGACAAUGCAACUCACUGUUUUGCACACUUAACAUGUACUAAUAACUUUUCUAAGUAGAGAAAGCAGUUGUGGCAAAGGGGGGCAGAAGUUUGGGGAGGAAAGACUACCACUUUUGUUGGUGGCUUCUAAUCACUAGUAUGAAGGGUGUUGAGACUGUAUAUAUAUAUCCAUUUAGUAUAGCAGUUGCAUCACAGCACACCCAUAGAGAUAAACCACUUCUCUGAAUAGUUGUCUGUUGGUACUCCAGGCAGCUGACAGUUCAGCUCGAGUCCUUGUAAUAUUCCUGUUUAUCAUCUGUACUGUAGCCAGAGUGGUGUUUUCCCCCCAAAAUGUAAAAUUUUGCCAUCUCUCCCUGACUUGAAACAUUGUAGUGGUCUGGCUUCACUCAUCUCUCUAACUUAAUCUUACUACCCAGUGUUACUCAAGUUUGCAGCCCCAGCCAUGUGGGCCUUCUUUCUGUCCUUCACCAAGGUUUUUUGAUGUUCCAGAGCCUUUCAGUGGCCUGCUUCCUUCACCUGAAAUGCCAUUUGCCAUUCCCCAAAUCAACCUAGUGAACCUCCAGGCCUCAGCUCUGCUGUCAGGCCUCAUGGACUUUGCCUGCCCAGCUCCUGUUAGGUGGUGUGUUUUUCUCAGCACCUGCAACCCAUCUUCCUGGCACUUGUAACUCACAGCUUCGUUCUGCCUCUGUAUGUGAUGUUUCUCUUUCAUGCCAGCUCUGUACCCCACACAAGGGCAGAGCCGUGUCUGCUUCUGUUCCCCUUUAUGACUACUCAGUGCCUAGAACAUCAAAGGCAUUCAAUAAAUAGUGUUUACUGGAUCAAA